CGCUGGAUCUAGGCUAGCGGGGCCCUGCCGCACCCCCUGGCUUGAAGGGGUUUCCAUCCUAUCCAGGCUUUACAGUUUGGUUCAAUGGCUCUCAGUGCUUCCCCCUCCGUACAGAUUGUUUCAGGCCCCCUGCCUGGGACUAGGAGCCGGGGAUAACAAUGGGUACAGCUGGUGGGGGGGGUGAGCCCUCCUCGCAUUGUAGGGACAGGACCCUAACCCCUGAGCACCCCCAACAUCCCCCCACUGAGCAUGUGGCCCCAGCCUUCCCGGUCCUGGGGCCCAGGGAGGGCACAUGGCCCCAGUCUGAACCCCAGGGGCAGCCGAAGGAGAAGCCUGACAUGCUCCUCACAGGGGCCGUGCACCCCACCUCCGCAGUCAGCUGUGACUCUCAGCCAGCCUGGAAAACAGAAGGGUUUGUUGGUCGCUGGGAAGGCGGCAUAGAACAGAGCUUGUUAGCACAGAAACCAAGAGCGUUCGGCAACGUCUGGCUUGGGGGGAAUCCAGGGUCUUGAGUCCUGGGCUCUCCCCGCUGAGUCCCAAACCAGGAGACUGAGCCGCUUCCAGCCCCCCAUCCACACUGACACCCAGCUGCCCCUCCCCCAUGCUUUCUCUCUUUCCCAGGAAAACAGGUCACCUGGCCUCCCCCUCUCUCUUUGUUCUCCAACACCUUUGGCUGGCUCCCUGCAGAGGAGGGGCUCUGGCCAUCACUUGCCAGGAUAGAGAAUUUUGGCCAUUUUCUACACCCAGGCAGCCACUCUGCCAUCACGCCUGCCCUCUAGAGGUCUCCACAAUGAUCACACCCCUGUAUCCCACCAGCUUGAUACUUGUGUAACACAUGGGGAAACUGAGGCACACACACAGUACUCAGAGAAAACAUUAAGAACAAUCCCGCUUCAUGAAUCCCUCUGAGACCAGCCCAGGGGCACUUUCUGCAGUGGCUGGAACUCCUCUGACCACACCAGCCCCUGAGCCUGAGCCUGCAGAUGAUGGAGAGACCUGGGGAAAGGGCUGGAGCUGGGCAGGAAAAUGACUCUGCACGGAAGGCGCCUUUCAGGGACUAGCUGCAUGGCAGAGUCAUAGAAUCAGAGCGUCUGUCUGCAGGGAGAGAGCCUGGGGGGAAUCGGGGAGUGACAUGGACUCCAGCCCCUUAUGAAACCUGCCCAAUCUCCCUGCUCCUCCGACAGGCUGAGGAAUCGCGUCCACGUUUCGCUUCAGAUUGUCCCAUCUUGCAGCGGACAGGGCAGGGAAAUGGCUGUGAUGGAGCCAGCUCAGACGCCGGUGACCUUCGAGGAGGUGGCUGUGUAUUUCACCCAGGGGCAGGGGGCUCUGCUGGACCCCGCUCAGAGAGCCCUCUACAGGGACGUCAUGCAGGAGAACUACGAGACAGUGACCUCGCUGGGAUUCCCCCUUCCCAAACCUGACCUGAUCGCCCGACUGGAACGAGGGGAAGAGCCGUGGGUGCCCGAUCUCCAGGCCGGUGAGGAAAGAGAGAUCCCGAGAGUCAGCCACACAGCAGGUGAUGAGAGAGUGAGUGAAAACGAGGAGGAGAAUCAACAGCAGGAGAUUCCUGGGUACAGGGAAUCACAGGGCACCUUUGUGGGAAGACCCCAUAAGUGCUUAAACUGUGGAAAAAGUUUCAUAUGGAGGUCACAACUUGUUUUACAUCAUCGAAUCCACACAGGAGAGAGACCCCACAAGUGCUUAGACUGUGGGAAAAGUUUCAUACGGAGGUCAAACCUUGUUAAACAUCAAGCAGUCCACACUGAAGAGAGACCUCAUAAGUGCUUAGAUUGUGGAAAAAGUUUCAUACGGAGGUCACAACUUGUUUUACAUCAGGAAUGCCACACUGAAGGGAGACCCCAUAAGUGCUUAAUCUGUGGGAAACGUUUCAUAUGGAAGAUAGACCAUGUUAAACAUCAAGCAAUCCACACUGGAGAGAGACCCCAUAAGUGCUUAGACUGUGGGAAAAGUUUCAUACAGAGGUCACACCUUGUUAGACAUCAGGCAAUCCACACAAGAGAGAAACCCCAUAAGUGCUUAGACUGUGGAAAAAGUUUCAUACGGAGGUCAACCCUACUUAAUCAUCAGGCAAUCCACACGGGAGAGAGACCCCAUAAGUGCUUAGCCUGUAGAAAAAGUUUCAUACGGAGGUCACACCUUGUUAGACAUCAGGAACGCCACACUGGAGGGAGACCCCAUAAGUGCUUAAUCUGCGGGAAACGUUUCAUAUGCAAGUUAGACCAUGUUAAACAUCAAGCAAUCCACACUGGAGAGAGACCCCACAAGUGCUUACUCUGUGGGAAAAGCUUCAUACUUAGAUCAUACCUUGUUUUACAUCAUCGAGUCCACACAGGAGAGAGACCCCAUAAGUGCUUAGACUGUGGGAAAAGUUUCAUACGGAGGUCAACGCUACUUAGUCAUCAGGCAAUCCACACUGGAGAGAGACCUCAUAAGUGCUUAGACUGUGGGAAAAGUUUCAUACAGAGGUCACGCCUUGUUAGACAUCAGGCAAUCCACAAAGGAGAGAGACCCUAUAAGUGCUUAGACUGUGGGAAAAGUUUCAUAUGGAGGUCAGACCUUGUUAAACAUCAAGCAGUCCACACAGGAGAGAGACCUCAUAAGUGCUUAGAUUGUGGAAAAAGUUUUAUACAGCGAUCAACCCUACUUGAUCAUCAGGCAAUCCACACUGGAGAGAGACCCCAUAAAUGCUUAAUCUGUGGGAAAAGUUUCAUACGGAGGUCAGAUCUUGUUAAACAUCAAGCAGUCCACACUGGAGAGAGACCCCAUAAAUGCUUAAUCUGUGGGAAAAGUUUCAUACGGAGGUCAGAUCUUGUUAAACAUCAAGCAGUCCACACUGGAGAGAGACCCCAUAAAUGCUUAAUCUGUGGGAAAAGUUUCAUACGGAGGUCAAACCUUGCAAAACAUCAGAUAAUCCACACAGGAAAGAAAUCCCAUAAAUGUUUGGACUGUGGGAAAAGUUUUACACAAAGAUCAAAUCUUAUGGCACAUCAGGCAAUCCACACAGGAGAGAGACCUCAUAAGUGCUUGGACUGUGGGAAAAGUUUCACAUGGAGAUCAGUCCUGGUUACACAUCAGAGAUUACACACAGGAGAGAGACCCCAUAAGUGCUUAGACUGUGGGAAAAGUUUCAUACAGAGGUCCCACUGUGUUAAACAUCAAGCCGUCCACAGUGGAGAGAGAUCUCAUAAGUGCUCAGAGUGUGGAAAAAGUUUCAUAAUGCGGUCAACGCUACUUAAUCAUCAGGCAAUCCACACUGGAGAGAGACCCCAUAAAUGUUUAAUCUGUGGAAAAAGUUUCAUACGGAGGUCAGGCCUUGUUAAACAUCAGGCUAUCCACACUGGAGAGAGACCUCAUAAGUGCUUAGACUGUGAGAAAAGUUUUAUCCAGAGGUCCCACCUUGUUAGACAUCAGGCAGUCCACACUGGAGAGAGACCUCAUAAGUGCUUAGACUGUGGGAAAAGUUUUAUUCAGAGGUCCCACCUUGUUAGACAUCAGGCAAUCCACACAGGAGAGAUACCCCAUAAGUGCUUAGACUGUGGGAAAAGUUUUAUCCAAAGGUCCCACCUUGUUAAACAUCAAGCAAUCCAUACAAGAGGGAGACCAUAAGACUCUUGGAAAGGUUUCAGAAACAGAUUAGCCCUUCUAAAGAUCAGGCAAUCCACACACGCGAGAGAACCCCGUAAGUGCUUAGACUAUGGAAAAAUGUUUCAAAUAGAUGUCAUCCCUUGUUUUACAUCAGAGAAUCCACACAGAGGAGUGACCCCAUAACUGCUUAGCCUGUGAAAGACCUUUUAAAUGGAGGUCAGAACUUGUUUCAAAUUAGGCAAUUCACACAAGAGAGAGACCCUAUAAGUGUUUGGACCAUGUGAAAAGUUUCACACAAAGAUCGAAUCUUAUAACACUCAGAGGAUCCACACAGGAGAGAGACCGCAUCAGUGCUCAGACUGGAAAAAGUUUCCUACAUAGGUCAGACCUCGUUAAACAUCAGCUAAUCCACAGAGGAGAGAGAUCCCAUAAGUGCUUAGGCUGUGGGUAAAGUUUUAUAAGGAGCUCAGCCCAUGUUUUAGAUCAGAGAAUCCACACAGGAGACCCCAUAAGUGCUCAGACUAUGGAGAAACUUUCAUACCGUGGUCAAGGCUUCUUAAUUAUCAGGCAGUCCUCAAAAGAGGGAGACUCCGUAAGUGCUUAGACUGUGGAAAAAGUUUCAUACAGAGGUCAGACCUUGUUAAACAUCAGACAAUCCACACUGAAGAGAGAUCCGAUAAGUGCUUAGACCAGGGGUGGGCAAACUUUUUGAGGACCAGACCACAUCGGGGUUGAAAACUUAUAUGGAGGGCCGGGGCAGGGAAGGCUGUGCCUCCCCAAACAGCCUGGACCCGCCUCCAUCUGACCCCCUCCCACUUCCUGCCUUCUGACUGCCCCCCUCAGUAUCCCUGAUCCAUCCAAUCCCUCCUGCUCCUUGUCCCCUGACCGCCCCCUCCAGAGACCCCCACCCACCCCUAACCACCCCCCAGGACCUCAUCUGAAGGAUUCAUGCAGGGUUCAUGCACUUGGCAACAUUUAGGGCACACCCUGAGUGUUGUGUAGGAGCAGUGCACACACGGCUCCUCUCAAGGGCAUGAACCUUGGAAACUCGCCCUAAGGACAUGAACCGUGGGAAGCCUCCCAGGACUGGGCUCAAGGCCCAAGAGCAAGGAAUGCGGUAGAUAGAAAUUGGUUAAUAAGAAUCUUAAACAAAGCCAGUGUAUUCCUUUUAUCUGUUGGAGUAUGUAAUGCGCAGGAGGAGGGGGAGAAUAAAAGAGAGGGUGGAAAGCUGACAAGGCAGACCAGCCCGUCGGCAGACCAGCCCGCUUGCUUGCUUAAAGCUUUGUCUGUCUUGUAUUUGGACUGCAACACUCAUCCCCUAUCUAAACCCCCUGACUGCCCCCUCCAGGGGCCCCUGCCCCAAACCACCUCCCCAGGACCCCACCCCCUUCCCAUUCCCCCGUGCUCCCUGUCCCCUGACUGCUCCAACCCCUAUCCACACCCCUGCCCCCUGACAGGCCCCCGGGACUCCCACACCUAUCCAAUCCCCCCACGUUCCCCACCCCCUGACCGCCCCCCCCAAAACAUCCGCCCAUCCAACAGCCCCCGUCCCCUUACUCCCCCCUGGGACUCCCUGCCCCUUAUCCAACCCUCCGGCCCCGGCCCCCUUACCAUGCUGCUGGUGGCCCGGCAGGAGCCAGACACGCUGCACCACUCUCCCGGAGGAGCACGCAGCCCCACCCCUCAGAGCGCUGCCCGCACGGUGCAGCUGAGGCUCCGGGAGAGCAGGGAAGGUAGGGGAUGGGCUGGGAGCAGACUCCCCCGCCGGGCGCUCAGGCGGGUCGGUCAGGACAGUCCCGCAGGCCGGAUGUGGCCCGCAGCCCGUAGUUUGGCCACCCCUGGCUUAGACUGUGGGAAACAUUUCAGAAACUGAUGAGUCCUUGUUCUACAUCAAGGAAUCCACAAGACUCCAUAAGUGCUUGGACUGAGCAAAAGUUGUACACAGAGAUCACACCUCAUUAAACAUGGGAGAAUUCACACACGAUCUAAACUUCUGUGACACCUGGCCCAAAAGAGUUAAGAACCUUGCAGGCUAAUUGACCCAGAUUCAACCUUUAGAGACAUGUUAGAAAACUGUGUAAAUGGUAUUUGGGGCCACUCCAAGUAAUAUAGAGUAGAACUUUGAAAUGUAAACUGGUGUUGUUAAAAAAUUGGAAGAAGAUAGUAGGACUGUUGAUUAAUUGCAGUUAAUUCGUGUGAUUAACUCAAAAAAAUUCAUUGGGGUUAGAAAAAUUAAUUUCAAUGAAUCACAUUGUAAAACAAUAGAAUACCAAUUGGAAUUUGUUAAAUGUUUUUGGAUGUUUUUCUGCGUUUUCUCAUAUGCUGAUUUCUCACAACAAAGAAUAGAAAGUGUACAGUGCUCACUUUAUAUUAUUUUUUAUUACAAAUAUUUGUACUAUAAACAUUCAAAACACAAAUAGUAUUUUUCAGUUCACCUCAUACAAGUACUGUAGUGAAAUCUCUUUAUCAGGAAAGUGUAACUUAGAAACAUAGAUGAUUUUAAUUAUAUAAGUGCACUCAAAAAUAAAGCAAUUAAGACCUUUAGAGACUAGAAGUCCACUCAGUGCUACUUCUUUUUCUGCCAAUCGCUAAGGCUUGGUCUAUGCUACGAGUUUAUGUUGGAUUUAGCAGCGUUAAAUCGAAUUAACCCUGCAUCCGUCCACACAAUGAAGCCAUUUUUUCGACAUAAAAAAAGGGCUCUUAAAACCGAUUUCUGUACUCCUCCCCAAUGAGGGGAUUAGCGCUGAAAUCGACAUCGCUGUUUCGAAUUAGGGUUAGUGUGGACGCAAUUCAAAGGUAUUGGCCUCUGGGAGCUAUCCCACAGUGCACCACUGUGACCGUUCUGGACAGCACUCUGAACUCGGAUGCACUGGCCAGGUGUACAGGAAAAGCCCCAGGAACUUUUGUAACUCAUUUCCUGUUCACCCCAGGCGAGUUCAUCAGCACAGGUGACCAUGCAGUCUCAGAAUUGAAAAAGAGCUCCAGCAUGGACCGAAUGGGAGGGACUGGAUCUGAUCGCUGUAUGGGGAGAGGAAUCCGUGCUAUCAGAACAAUGUUCCAAAAGACGAAAUGCCAAAACAUUUCAAAAAAUCUCCGAGGCCAUGAGGGACAGAGGCUACAGCAGGGACGCAACACAGUGCCGCGUGAAACUUAAGGAGCUCAGACAAGCGUACCAGAAAACCAAAGAAUCAAACAGACGCUCCGGGACAGAGCCCCAGACAUGCCGCUUCUACGCUGAGCUGCAUGCAAUUCUAGGGGGAGCCGCCACCACUACCCCACCCCUGUCCGUGGACUCCAAUGAUGGGGUACUCUCCUCCAUGCCUGAGGAUUUUUCAGAUGGGGAAGAUGAGGAGGAGGAGGACGAGCUUAAGGAGAGCACACAGCACACCAUUCUCCCCGACAGCCAGGAUCUUUUUAUCACCCUGACUGAAAUACCCUCCCAACCCAACCAAGCCGGAGAAGGGACCUCUGCAGCUGCCAAUGUUUCAAGCCUCCCUCCUCCGUCCCAAAGGCUAUCUCAGAUAAGGCGGCGAAAAAAAUGCAUGCGCUAUGAAAUGUUCUCUGAGCUCAUGCAGUCAUCUGGCACUGACAGAGCUCAGCAGAAUGUGUGGAGGGACACAAUAGCAGAGUACAGGAAAGUGGCCGAUGAACGUGAGGAGAGGUGGUGGCAGGAAGAUCAGAGGAGGCAUGAGGCAAUGCUGGGGCUACUGCAGUAUCAAACGGACAUCCUCCGGCCUCUGGUGGAGGUUCAUGAACGGCAGCAGGAUCACAGACUGCCGCUGCAGCCACUGUUUAAUUGCCCUCCCUCCUCCCCAAGUUCCAUAGCCUCCUCACCCAGACGCCCAAGAACAUGGGGGGAGGGAGGUGGGGAGGCUCCGGGCACCCAACCACUUCACCCCAGUGGACAGCCCAAGCAACAGAAGGCUGUCAUUCAAGAAGUUUUAAAGUGGCCUUUUCCUUCCCUCCUGCCUUCUUCCCACACCUCACCUGAGCUACCUUGUGAGUUAUCUCCCUAUUUUUAUAAUCAAUUAAUAAAGAAUACAUGUUUUUUAAAUGAUAA